UCAUUGGUCAAUGCAUCGCGGUGGCCUCGCGCGCCCUAACGUCACAGCGGGGUGGGGGCACUAUGCUAUCGAGCUAGUGUGGGGACCUAGUACUGGCUGGACCUUGUUGGAGAAGGGUAAUCCAUUUUGCGACAAAUCUUGUUCUUCACCUACUACACGCAGUGAAUCCCGAGAGCGAGAAGCAAUAUCAUUGUUGAAACGUAUUGUGAGGACAUAUAUCGCUUACUCGGGGUUUAAGAUAAUUUGGACCGGUAUUUUGAUGGUCCAGUGCACUCACUAUCCAUCGUUGUUUUUGAGUAAACAGCCCUCUUCUGUACGCUUUCUCGCGACUGAUUUGCGUCAAACUUGAAUGAUUUUAAUUGGCCAUUAACACUGAUGCGUAAAUCAUAUAGGUCAAUUAAUUCUCUCAACGACUUUCGCGACACUCAAAUCGUAACCCAAAAAGCUACGGUCGUCAGAGGAUUGUAGCCAUGAAAUUUGGCCAGCAGCUGCGCUCCAGCAUUAUCCGCGAAUAUCAGUGGUACUACAUCGACUACGAUGGAUUGAAAAGCGAACUCAAGAAGGCGUCUGGGACUCCUCUUGACGCUCAUGAAGAAGACAAUGGAGCUGGGCCCUCGGAGGGUUCCCCCGCGAAGCAAGACAAGAAAGCUCAGCAAAAGAAGCGAUGGACUGAGGAAGAUGAGCAAGCUUUCAUUGCAAAGCUCUAUGCUGAGCUAGAAAAGGUUUACACGAAAACAAAAGUCAAGCAAUCCGAGAUACAGCGCCGUAUAGCCGUCGGCGAGCGAGAAGUCAGGGAAGUUGUCUCAAGGGCAACGGAACGCGGAUUGAAUGAGCAAGGGCCCUCUGAGGAAGAGUUCAUGUUGUUAGAAGACGACUUGAGCGACAUCAUCGCAGAUGUCCACGAUCUCGCCAAAUACGUCCAACUGAACUACACGGGGUUCUAUAAGAUAAUAAAAAAGCACGAUAAAACGACCAACUGGUACCUUCGGCCUGCGUUUGAUGCUGCGCUGAAGCAAAAGCCUUUCUACAAUGAAGACUUCGAUGCCGAAGUUGUCAAACUCUCCAACAUGUAUAAUAACGUCCGAACUCGAGGAAAUCCAGUCAAAGGCGACAGUGCCGCCGGCGGGACCCAGGGGAGCUUCAUUCGCCAGACUACGAAAUAUUGGGUUCAUCCGGAUAAUGUUACGGAGCUGAAACUUAUAAUCCUCAAACAUCUUCCAGUCCUCGUCUUCAACGCGAGCAAGGAAUUCGAGCCUGCAGAUUCGGCCAUUACCUCUAUUUACUACGACAACCCUGAUAAGUGGGACCUAUAUGAAGGGCGACUGAAGAAGACGGAGGGAGCAGAGGCGAUCCGUCUGCGGUGGUAUGGUGGGAUGCAGAAUGAUACCAUAUUUGUCGAACGAAAGACCCACCGAGAGGACUGGACUGGGGAGAAGUCUGUCAAAGCACGGUUUGCAUUGAAAGAGAAGAACGUCAACGCAUACAUGAGGGGCGACUUGCUCCCGGCAGCACUUUUUGAGAAAGCACGAAAAGAUGGGAAGAAGUCUGAGAAGGCUAUUGCGGAGGACGAGAGCCUGGCUAAGGAGACUCAAUACUCUGUUUUGAAAAAUGGAUACAAGCCAGUCUGCCGGUCUUUCUAUAACCGAACAGCUUUUCAGCUUCCUGCAGACGCCCGAGUCCGGAUAUCCCUCGAUACUGAGUUGACAAUGGUGCGUGAAGAUAACCUGGAUGGCGUCACACGCUCUGGAAACAACUGGAGACGGAUGGAUAUAGGUAUCGACUGGCCAUUCUCUCAAUUGCCGCCGGGUGAUGUCGUAAGAUUCCCCUAUGCUGUUCUCGAAGUGAAGUUGCAGACCCAACAUGGCCAGGAACCUCCAGAAUGGGUUCGGCAAUUGAUAUCAAGCCACCUUGUCGAAGCCGUGCCCAAGUUCUCAAAAUUCAUUCAUGGCACAGCUUCCCUGUUCCCCCAGCAUAUUAGACUUCUUCCAUACUGGAUGCCACAGAUGGAUGUUGAUAUUCGCAAACCCGCUACACACAAUUUUGGAAUCCAGCGACCAGACCAUUCUGUGAGUGGUACUACAUCUGAUGAUGAGGAUGAUGACUCGGACAUGGAGGAUGCACGUCAGCUGUCAACAAAUAGCCCAUCCAAUGGUAAUAAUGGUGCAUCUCGUCACGCACCAACCUUGGCGAUUGGCGAUAUUGAAGGACAAACCUCGUCGGUUCCAAUGCCCAACGAGGAUUACCCAAUAUAUGAUUCGGAUGAUGAAUCAGAUGAAGAAGAUCGAAUAGAGGAGGCUAGAAGGAUAGGAGGUUGGACCUAUAUUUCUACAAUGGCACAAAGUUAUGCCAAGGCAGCAGGGCGUGGAGCUUUCCAGGUACUGAGUACUAUUACUCCCCGACCCCGAGCCACGCCGGUACCACGAAGUAAUCGUAACCAGAUGUUCUUCGGCGACCAAGAGAUUCAAAAUAGAAAAUUCAAAGCACCGAAGGGCAAGAAAAUUUAUGUACCUGUCAGGGUUGAACCGAAGGUCUAUUUUGCCGCAGAGCGAACAUUCCUUGGCUGGCUUGAGUUUUCUAUCUAUGUCGGUGCGAUUGCUGCUACCCUACUGAACUUUGGGGAAAAGCCAACCACACUCGCGUUUGUGGCCGCCGGCGUCUUCACCUUGCUGGCUAUCCUGGCGCUUUGCUACUCAGUCGGUAUCUACCUGUACCGAAGCAAAGCCAUCCGCGAGCGCAGAGUAAUCAGGUACUACGACAAAUUGGGCCCAACUGCUCUAUGUGCUGCACUGUUCCUCGGCGUUGCAUUGAAUUUUGCCUUUGAGGGUAAGGAGAGACGUUUAUGGUAAGCCUUCGUAUUGCCGAUUGCCCGGAAGCCUGGACCUAAGUCUAAAAGUACGAGUUGGCUAGCUGCCUGGAAUUGUGGCUGCCACCCUUCUGUAGAUUGUAGCUAUGUAUAUCAAGAAAUUGUUACCGUUGUUCUCAAUGCAUCCUGUAUCAAUGAUCCCAAGAGUACCUAUUCACUAUCUGGCCCCGU